UCUCGCGGAAGCGGAGGUCAGGUUAGCAGUUGUUGCGCUGGUUAGAUCGUUCGGGAGAAAUGACGUGCGUCUCGUGCGUUCGCGCCUCGUGAUAACUCGCGCGCGCGACUCAGGCAAUAGUAGCAGCAACGGCAGUAGCAGUGUAACGUUAUCCGUUCCACGGCACCUUUCCUCCUCCUGUUCCUGUUCGUUGCGGGGGAGGCGCGGGACAGGAACGCGUACGCGAGACGUCGUGGGUCCGUCGUGAAGUUCGUCGCGGGACAAGCACGCGCGUUGUGCCACUGCCGCCGCAGUCGUCGUGGUCGUCGUGGUCGCGGUGGUCGCUGGUCGGUGUCGCUGUCGCUGCGCGGCUAACCUAAAUAUUCGGCGGCCGUAAAGUAAUUUUCUUCUUUUCUUCUCUCUUCGUCUCACUCUCACUCUUCCUCUCCUCUACUCCUCUUUUUCUCUCUUCUUUCUGUCUUUCUUCCUUCCGUUUCUCUCUUUCUCUCUCCAUCUUUCUCGAUCCCUCUCUCUCUCUCUCUCUCACUCGCUCUCCGUUGACACGUCGUCAUCGACGACCGCCGUGCCCCGUAGCCCGUCAACGCGGUGGGCUCCCUCGCUCCUCCGUGUGCCGACGAAGCCGCGAGCCACACGAAGCGUGUCGCGAGGAUAACGUAGCGGGUCGCGAGUGCAUGUCGCGCGGACACGUCGCGCUACAAACAGUGAGCAUAAAUCGCGGCGGAGUGCGCGCCGCGCUUCCACCGCCGUCGUCGUCCUCGUUCCCGUCCACGUCCACGUCGAGCCAUCACGCGGAACUACCGUCACGUUUCAUAGCUCCACACGGAGACGGAACACCGUGGGACUCUCUCCUGCGUCCUCGCGACACCACCUUCGAUACUGUUAGUGUGAAUGAACGUAUACUAUCGCUGAGGGGAUAACAUUGGUGAAGCAUCUACGAAGCAGUAACCAUGGAGGACGGCCACUGCAAAACCGUGGACGAGGUGAUAAAUUACUUCAACGUCGAUCCCGACAAUGGACUGUCGCCCGAUCAGGUGAAGAGGAACCAGGAGAAGUAUGGUCUCAACGAAUUGCCAGCUGAGGAGGGAAAAUCCAUCUGGCAACUUGUUCUGGAACAGUUCGAUGACCUUCUAGUUAAGAUUCUUCUAUUAGCCGCUAUUAUUUCUUUUGUAUUAGCCUUAUUUGAAGAACACGAGGAUGCGUUCACGGCCUUCGUCGAACCUUUCGUUAUUCUACUCAUCCUCAUCGCCAAUGCCGUGGUCGGCGUCUGGCAAGAACGAAAUGCCGAAUCUGCGAUCGAGGCGCUCAAGGAGUACGAACCCGAGAUGGGUAAGGUUGUGCGAGGGGACAAGUCCGGUGUCCAGAGGAUCCGAGCCAAGGAGAUCGUGCCUGGUGACAUCGUAGAGGUGUCGGUCGGUGACAAAAUUCCUGCUGACAUCCGUCUCUCCAAGAUCUUCUCGACUACCCUCAGGAUUGAUCAGUCCAUCCUGACCGGCGAAUCGGUAUCCGUGAUCAAACACACUGAUCCUGUGCCCGACCCACGCGCUGUCAAUCAGGAUAAGAAAAACAUCUUGUUCUCUGGUACCAAUGUCGCCGCUGGAAAGGCCCGCGGUAUCGUAAUUGGAACCGGCUUGAACACGGCCAUCGGUAAGAUCCGUACAGAGAUGUCGGAAACCGAGGAGAUCAAGACGCCGUUGCAACAGAAAUUGGACGAGUUCGGUGAACAACUGUCGAAGGUCAUUUCCGUGAUCUGCGUUGCCGUGUGGGCCAUCAAUAUCGGCCACUUCAACGAUCCGGCUCACGGUGGAUCCUGGAUCAAGGGCGCCAUUUACUACUUCAAGAUUGCCGUCGCUCUUGCCGUAGCUGCUAUUCCCGAAGGUUUGCCCGCCGUAAUCACGACCUGCUUGGCCCUCGGCACCAGGCGUAUGGCCAAGAAGAACGCCAUAGUACGAUCCUUGCCAUCCGUUGAGACUCUGGGUUGCACGUCUGUUAUCUGCUCCGACAAAACUGGCACUCUGACGACUAACCAGAUGUCCGUUAGCCGAAUGUUCAUCUUCGACAAGAUCGAAGGCAUGGAAAGCAGCUUCCACCAUUUCGAGAUCACCGGAUCGACUUACGAGCCCAUCGGCGAGAUCUUCCUCAGAGGAGAGAGGAUCAAGGGACAUGAUUAUGAAACGCUGCAAGAGAUCAGCACCAUCUGCAUGAUGUGCAACGAUUCGGCGAUCGACUUCAACGAGUUCAAGCAAGCGUUCGAGAAGGUCGGCGAGGCCACGGAGACCGCCUUGAUCGUCCUCGCCGAGAAGAUUAAUCCGUACGGCGUCGCGAAGAGCAAUCUGGAUCGCCGCGCCAGCGCCAUUGUCGUCAGGCAAGACAUGGAGACCAAGUGGAAGAAGGAGUUCACGCUGGAAUUCUCCCGCGAUCGCAAGUCUAUGUCGUCGUACUGCGUGCCCCUGAAAUCGACGAAGCUGGGAACCGGACCGAAGCUGUUCGUCAAGGGUGCGCCGGAAGGUGUACUGGACAGGUGCACGCACUGUCGCGUUGGUAGCCAGAAAGUCCCGCUCACGUCAUCCCUGAAGAACCGCAUCCUAGAGCUUACCCGGCAGUACGGAACCGGUAGGGACACCCUGCGCUGCCUUGCCCUGGCCACCGCCGAUCACCCACUGAAGCCCGACGACAUGGAUCUGGGCGACUCCACCAAGUUCUACACGUACGAGAAGGACCUGACGUUUAUCGGCGUCGUGGGCAUGCUUGAUCCGCCCCGCAAGGAGGUAUUCGACUCGAUUGCUAGGUGCCGCGCCGCCGGCAUUCGCGUAAUCGUCAUCACCGGCGACAACAAGGCCACCGCUGAGGCUAUUUGCCGACGUAUCGGAGUCUUCGGCGAGGAGGAGGACACCACUGGCAAAUCGUACUCCGGACGCGAAUUCGAUGACCUGCCCACGUCGGAACAGAAAGCCGCCUGCGCCAGAGCACGUCUGUUCUCUCGCGUAGAACCGGCUCACAAAUCGAAAAUUGUGGAGUACUUGCAAAGCAUGAAUGAAAUCUCCGCUAUGACUGGUGAUGGUGUGAAUGAUGCUCCCGCCUUGAAAAAGGCCGAAAUCGGUAUCGCUAUGGGCUCGGGCACUGCGGUCGCGAAAUCGGCUUCGGAGAUGGUGUUGGCAGAUGACAAUUUCUCCUCCAUCGUGGCCGCCGUGGAGGAAGGCCGUGCCAUCUACAAUAACAUGAAACAAUUUAUCCGUUACCUCAUCUCUUCCAACAUUGGCGAGGUCGUCAGUAUAUUCUUGACCGCCGCCCUUGGUCUUCCCGAAGCUUUGAUCCCGGUUCAACUGCUGUGGGUCAAUCUGGUCACUGAUGGUCUUCCAGCUACCGCGCUUGGUUUUAAUCCCCCAGACUUGGACAUCAUGAGCAAGCCUCCUCGCAAAGCUGACGAAUCUCUGAUUUCUGGAUGGCUAUUCUUCCGUUACUUGGCUAUCGGUGGAUACGUAGGCGCUGCCACUGUCGGCUCGGCUGCUUGGUGGUUUAUGUACAGUCCGAACGGCCCUCAAAUGAACUACUACCAAGUGACUCACCAUUUGGCGUGCAUUGGUGGAGGAGACGAGUUCAAGGGCAUCAACUGCAAGAUCUUCGCCGAUCCUCAUCCCAUGACUAUGGCUCUCUCUGUGCUGGUCACUAUUGAAAUGUUAAACGCUAUGAACAGCUUGUCUGAGAAUCAGUCGCUCAUCACCAUGCCACCUUGGUCGAACAUGUGGCUCAUCGCCUCCAUGGCUCUUUCUUUCACACUCCAUUUCGUCAUCCUGUACGUCGAUGUUCUUUCGUCCGUAUUCCAAGUGACCCCGCUGACGUGUGAAGAAUGGCUUACCGUUAUGAAGUUCUCCAUUCCAGUGGUACUUCUCGACGAAACCUUGAAGUUCAUUGCCAGAAAGAUCACAGACGGUGAGAAUCCAAUUUACACCGUAUAUGGGAUCGUUCUAAUGUGGGCUGUGUUCUUUCUACUGUUGUAUAUCUGUCCCAUAUAGAACGUUCGCGAGUUAACGAUAUUAGUCUAGCAGACGAUGUUUUUUUCCUAUGGAAAAGCAUCCACGAAACUAAAAAAAAAUCCUUGGAACUCUUGCAAUUGCAUUUAACCGGAGCUCUUCCCAUCGUGACGCGGGAAGGCGCGAGAUAAGUUAUUAACGGAGUGCGUUCAAGUGAGAUUUUAACAAAACGUUUGACUGUUGUGCAUGGUGUUUAGUACGACCGUACGAAUUAAAUCGAUAAAAAAAAUAUAUAUAUAUAUGCAUAAAAAAUAUAUAUAUAUUUUUUAUAUCCACCGCCACCGAGGCCCACCAUGCCCGCAUCACACACCGUAUAUAAUCUGACAUCGCUCAACGAUCACGGGUUUUCGAGUGGCGUCCAAGUGAUUUAAGAGAGAGACCCCCGUCGUAUAAUCAAAGAUUGUGAUCGUUACAUUAUUUUCUACGAGUGCCUUUUGAACAUUGAAUUUCCUCUGCAAACACGGAACCGUUCAUAGAUGUUCUUUCCGACGUAGAUAUGUAUACUCAAACGAUUCCCCUUCUCCUCCGAUUCCCUUUCUGUACACCAUAUUAUUUGCACAUAUCUAUUUUUUUUCUCACUUAUUUUGCACUCUUCUGUACAGUUAGCAGCAUAUCGAAUAAUUGUGGCAAGCAAUAACGCACUAACGCAGCAAGAUUCCGUAUUAAUUUACGCAUGCCUUCCACCCGUGUUCCUCGCCGCGAUUUUAAUAGCGCUACGACGCGGAUUUUUAUAUGUAAUAAUACCCGUGCACGUAUAUUCGAGGCAUUGAUCUUAAUCAAUUUUGGAAAGUACAAAGUAGAGUUCGCCGGUUAAUCGCGCCGGAGAUUACCUACCGCGGCACUCCGGCGAAGAAUUAAAGACGCGAAGGCACAUUCGUAACUUGCGUGUUGCGAGUAGAAGUAUUCCUAUUAGAGUAUAAAUGCGCGCGUUUACACAACGAAGACAAUAAAAUAUCCGGCAGAGACACGGGUGGAACGGACAGUAGUUCCCAGUAAUACUAUUUUGUUCUCCCUGUCCCCGAUUUUAUUUUCAGGUUCAAUGUAAUGCACGCAUGCAUGCACGCACAUACGCACGCACGCACGCACCGAAUUAGCAUAACAAUUGAUCCGCGUGAUUAACGUAUAAUCGUUCACAGAUUAUUACCGUUCUCUUUCCGUUGCUUUGGAUGUUGCUUGUUAUAAAUCACAUUUAUUGAUGUAUUCUUAGUGUCCGGUGUGCCGAUUUCGGGCCCAGAAUUUCGGAAGUCAGAGCUGGAGCUGUCUGCUGAGAGUUUGCUGAAACCCCGAGAGAAUGCUCGUGCAAGAACUUCGCACUAACGGAUCUCAUUUUAUGUCCCCGCAUACCGUGUCUUCCUCUUCCGUAGAAAUAGUGCAUGCACGGUACAAUUAACACACAGCAUGUUUCUGUAAGAUCCUCUUUGUGGUAAUCUAUAUAAUUUUUUUUAUUAUUGUUAUCCUGCCGUGCCGCAAUCGACGAAUCACUCGACCUCGCGGGUCUAUCGCGGUUUCCGUUGUUCGAGCAAAACAAAAAGACCUUGUUUCCAAAAUUACGUCUCGACAAACGAUAAAUUAUCCUCUUAUUUUAAUUUCAUGAUUUUGGAUAUUCUAGUCUGUGACGAACAAGCGAAUGCAGUCAUGACAAUUGCGAGGUAUACAAUUUUGUACAUAACAAAAAGUAUUUUAUUUAAAUCAAUUAAUUAAAGCAAAUGAUUAUUGCGAUUAUUAGCGGAGACCAUUAAAGCGUGAUUGGGACACGGCAGGAUUUUCUCUAAUUUUUGCACUGGUUUGUAACACACAUUAUUACAUCUAUCCCUUAUGUAUGCAACCCGUUUACAUAUGUGAUUUACAUAUUUCGCGAGUUGAAUUCCGCAACACAGAUACCCACCUUAUCACUAAUUUCCGGAUAUGGACUGCAAAGAGCUCUGUAAGUGUAAGAUAAUAAGGCAACUGUCAAGCAGAGGAAACUAUAGUCGACGUCUCUCAUUACUUUUCUCGUUCGCGCUCGAAACAGACGGGGGGGGGGGGCAGUCCAUAGAUUUUCUAGUGUGCAUUCGUUGACAUACUACUAUAUUAGAGCAGUGCUCCGAACACGAAGACACUCAACGUCGGAAUUGAUUGUAUACAUUCCUGUCGGUAAUGAUAUUACGUAUCUUUCAUUGUAAAAUUAGCGAAAUUACGUAGAUAUCUCUUUUUUACAUACUCGUCACCGAUGACGACAUAUAGCGAUGUAGUCAGAGCGCGUAUCAUUGUUUUCUCUGUCUGGCUUCCACAAAAUCUUUUUAUAUUCAUAGUCCUUGUUUCAAAUUUGCGAGGAUACUCCCAGUUGCAAAAUUCUGAUGUUAACGAAAUUUUGCAAAUGCGCGUAGAGGAGAUCGAUACACAACUUUACACCGUCUUAUAAUUAUCCAAAACGUGAAUAAGUGCUUAAAUAAUCAUGUUAAUAAAAAUAAUUUGUUUAUUGCAAUAAUUCGUUUCUGGUUUUCGGAUUGAAAUCGCGUUUUCUGUCUGUUUUCCGUUUCAUCGAAUAUUUCAACUCAUUUUUCAAGGAAUGAGAAGUAACCUGAUAUCGAGUAUCAACUUACAUAUUACUCAUUAAAACAAUUUUUCGUGAUAAAAAGAGAAUGUUUAAUAUUUAGUACACUUCUGUACGCAUCUACAAUAUUUCGUCAAAACGGAUCGACAGCAAUGCCCGUUUUACCGAACUGUGAUAAUUUCAUUAACGAACUCGUUUGAGCAUGAGUCGCUGGGAAACUCUUUGUUUUUUUCUUUCUCACAUCGACAAACCGCCGAUCCUCAGCGUCAGAAUUUUUGCAUCGCACGGGACGAUCCUCAAUUAAUAAUAAUCGAGGAUUACCUCUCGAUUGAGUGAACACGAGUUCGGCCACUGUCUUAGCUACCACGCGUCACAUGCGAAACGAAUAAUCGGUGUCGUCAUCGAGUACGUGGGCCUUCGAUGCAUCUGACUGCUCAGUCAGUUCAUCCCUCAGGGCGUGUACCGUCCGCGGAAGCAUAGAUCACGCUUGGAACACACGUACAUCUAGCAGUGUAGAAAAAGAAGAAGAAUCGAACUCGAGGAAAUGCUGACAGAGACGAAAUUAUCUUGAUUCCAGUCAAUCUCUUCUUUCUGGCCUCUUUUUCUCGUACUUGCUAGUGGUACGUGCAAAACAAGAUCAUCUGUCGCGACAGGAUGUUUCUGUACAGUCUGUAAUUCUGAGUCACAUCAAGUAGAUUCGCGUCACAAUCGAGGGGAUGGUCUUGAGCUGCGUUCUGUGUUGCCCGCGGAUGGUGCACGCUCUUCAGGGUUCAUCCGGAUCUUCAUAGAGAUCACCGCGAUUCGGCCGCGAUUCACAGCGCGCGUCGCCCCUCGAACACGUGCAAACGCAACAAGACUGAUGAUGUGUUCCGGCGGGGGGUUGAUUGCGCCGCUGCGCUUUUCGGCGCGCAACGCAUAAUAAUAAUAAUAAUUUAAUUGGCGCCGAUUAAUGCCGGCGCCAGACACGGAAGUCGACCGCCGUCGUGCGGCACGCGAGAUAUAGUGUAAUAUAAUUAAUUAAUUAGUAACGGUUAAGGCGUGAUACUUUGGUAUGGGCAUAACUAAAACUUAAUCAGGACGGAUGCGUUGGAGCCGCUAGGCACUAACAGACUUGUGUCUCGAGUAGCGUUUGUUUCGUUCCGAGUAACGUAAUUGAUUUUUUGUGUUUUCUUUUUAGCGAAAGAUGAGCUAUCGGUGUGCAUCCACAGGCCGAUACCUGUGCCUUUGAUCGCGAAUGUCGGUUAAAUCUUGUAUUCGCGAGAACGGAUUCUGCGCCUCACGGUUGAUAGUGAUGAAAAUUACUUUUGCAGGAGAGCAUAUCGAGCUGAAUGCAAUUUUCAUUUCCUCGAGAUGCGUAAUUGCCGUUUGUGUAACAAAUUCGUUUCAUAGUCAUGAGCGCUUAAAAUUAAAUAAGUUUUGAUUGCCUACCACUUUGCAGAGAAUUAAAUCUCAACUACAAUGGCUCUGGUGUAUAUAGGAAAGCCAAAUAUAGAUAUCUCGCUUCGAAAUUUUAAAGAUAUUUGAUACGAACGAUGAAUCUGUCGAUCUCUUCAAGUCUUAUCUUUUGCUAUGUUUGCUGUCGUUGCGUUCAUCUAUCAAGGCACAGAAUUCCAGCCGCGUUAUUCAUGCGAGUGCGACUAUCAGUUAGCGCAAUUGCGCAAGGAGCACAGGUAUGCGCGCGGGGAUCAACGCCGGUAUGAAGUGUUUAAUGCAGUUCUGUGACGCUCAAUAAAUUCGACGAAAUCAAUCGGGGAGUCCGGAUGCAAUAUUACAUGAGCGACGAGUCUCAGGAAGAAGCUUCGAGUUUUUACACUGAUUAAAUUUGCCAAUCUGAAAAAGCGGGAUAUUUGCAACGAUCAUUUUCUGGACGAAGGCGCUUCAAAGUUCCUUUGUCGAACACGUUUGUGCACUCAUCUGAUCUUCUCGGGGCUCGUUGCUCAUCAAUGCUUUGCGCUCAGGUCUCUACUUUGGCCACGAUGUAUCUGUAAGUACUUGAGUGUGCAUUGUAUUUUACAUUCAUCAAGAAUGACGGAGUAGUGCCAUCUCGACGAAAGAAUACCGGCAUACACGCGACGUCAUGCAGAUAUCGACGAGUUCGCUCGCCAGGAAGGAAAUCGCAGAUUGAGCAUAUACGUUUCGAUUGAAUCAUAAUGCUACAUUUCCAGAAGAAGAAAGACGUUCUUUGUCGUAGCUUUUUUGCAUACUUUGUACAUAUCAUGCACAAUUUUUAUUCAAGGGAAAUAAUUUAACAUUUAACAGAAAUCAUGUUUUUUCUCCAUUCAAUUUUUUCAAUUAAAAGAAAAUUAAUUCGUAGUUGGUGAAUUACGUUUUUUGUUGAUCUUUGCGUGACGUUGACGAGCAAGCGCGGUGUCCAGCGACGAUGAGACUACGAUCGCGUCGUUUCCUGCAGGAAGUACCUAUUUCUAUAACGAUAAUAAAGUAAUAUUAAUAUUAAUAACUUAUGUGGAAUGACAUUGAGUGAUUUUUGAGUAUAUGUUCUCUGUCGCGGCGUACGAUAAUCCCGGGAUACGAUUUCGGGCGCAAUCAGAUUCGUAUAUAGAGAUAGAAUACAUGAAAGUAGAGAUAAAAGGGAAGACACGAGAGAUAAAAAAAGUAUAAUACGAAUCCGACUGUCGCUUACCCAGCGUACGAUCCAAUUUAUGCGAUAAGUAUAAUCGCAUUAUCGUACAGUUAUCAUCGUUUCCUGUGUUGGCGCGGAGCCAAGUUCGUAAUUCGUUUAUUAUUUAUCGUCUGAUAAUUAUAUAUCCGAUAUUCGCGUCUUUGUCGUGUAUUCGAUACGUGAGCUCAUACGGAACGAUAUUAUAACAAGUGAGAGUAUAUUAACGGUGAAUACUAUUAGUGCAUUACUUGUUAUAAUAAAAAGGAAUCAUGUGUUACUAAUGCUCAUGUGCGUUUCUCGAUUCUCGAUGAUUGGCCUUACUAAUCGAGCGUAUGCGACGAUUCUCGCUUGGACUUGGCAAACGUCGCGUGUGUAACACCGCCAAAUCGAACACUUGAUACACCGCUGACGUGAUGAGUGUUUGAUCCAGUUUGCUCCCUCCACCUUCCGCCAUCCGCCUAAAUCACUUUAACUUUUCGACUUUUUAUCUGUUACCCGUUAUUCCACGACGUCCUGAAUGCUCACCGUAACCGCAGCUGGCUUAAGACAUUUAGAUGUUGGUGGGCCAAAGUAACACGAGAUUGCUCAAUAUAGAAGAAAUCGAAUCUGGAGUAGAAAAAUUAUAUUCGAACCCGUACUCUCGUAAAUAAAGUCGGAUCAGAAGAUCUCGUUUAGACGAUAUUUUAAAAUUAUAUAUAAGAAAAUUUACGUAACUGCAAAAGCGGUUAUCCCAAAAUUCUACAAGAAAUUAAUUUAAGAACUGAUCCUAGAAUAUGUAAUUAAAAAGGAAAUGCAGUACUUAGCAGUACUUGGUGCAAUAAAAUGAUCAUAAUCGUGCUCGAGCUACGGUCCACUUAUCCGAUGAUUAAGACAGCCCUGCUUGUAACCCUUAUGACUUUUUUUCGACGUAACAAACCGAAAGGCUCUCGAGAGGACUCGCCCGGUGGGAGACCAUCUUGUUCAGCUCGCCACGUUGCAUCUGUAUGGAGGCAAGAUUUCGAAAAAUAAAACACGUGACGCCGA